UCAUUGAACAUUGCCAUUGGUAGGUUGGAUUUCAUUUUCCCAACAUACAAUAUAUCAAUAAAGUCGAAGAGAGUUUCUCUCUAUGGGAAUUCUCUGAUAGAAAAGCUGAGAUCAUCAAAGAAGCAGAUUAUAGCGUGUAUUUGAAGAACAAAUCCAAAGGACUCAAAAAGCAAUCCGAAAUGCGGGUUGCGGUGAUCGGUGCUGGGGUCAGUGGAUUGGUUUCGGCUCAAGUGCUUGCGAAAGCUGGGGUCGAUGUGGUGGUGUAUGAGAAGGAAGAUUACUUGGGCGGGCACGCUUGGACCGUGACCUUCGAUGGCGUAGAUUUGGACCUUGGGUUCAUGGUCUUCAAUCGGGUGACUUACCCGAAUAUGAGUGAGUGGUUCGAGAGCAUGGGAAUUGAAAUGGAAAGGUCAGACAUGUCAUUUUCGGUGAGCUUGGGCAUGGGCCAGGGCUGCGAGUGGGGUAGCCGAAAUGGUUUCUCCAGCUUGUUUGCACAGAAGACCAAUGCCUUUAAUCCCUUCUUCUGGCAAAUGAUCCGUGAAAUUCUCAAAUUCAAGACCCACGUGAUCGAGUACCUUGAAGAGCUUGAGAACAACCCAGACAUUGAUCGCAGCGAAACCUUGGGCAGUUUCCUCAAGUCGCGUGGUUAUUCCAAAUUAUUUCAAGAAGCUUAUUUGCUACCUGUUUGUGCUUCAAUAUGGUCCUGCCCUUCAGAUGGGGUGUUGAACUUCUCAGCUUUUUCUGUGCUUUCGUUUUGCCGCAACCAUCACCUUCUUCAGCUCUUUGGUCGACCACAAUGGCUAACGGUCAAAUCGCGUUCCCAUACUUACGUCAACAAGGUCAGAGAAGAGCUGGAGAAUAGAUGCUGCCAGAUAAGGACAGGCUGCGAGGUACGGUCUGUUUCCACGAUUGAUGGAGGGUGCUGUGUGCUAGAUGCAAACGGUUCUCAAGAAACGUAUGAUGGAUGUAUACUGGCCGUUCAUGCCCCAGAUGCUUUGAGAAUCUUAGGAGGACAAACAACUCAUGAAGAAAGAAAAAUACUUGGUGCUUUUCAAUAUGUUUGCAGUGAUAUAUUCCUUCACCGUGACAAAACCUUUAUGCCCCAAAACCCAUCAGCCUGGAGUGCAUGGAAUUUUCUUGGAACCACUGGUGACAAAGUAUGUCUAACAUAUUGGCUGAAUGUACUACAGAAUCUUGGUGAUAGUGGUCUUCCUUUCCUUGUUACUCUUAAUCCACCUCAUAUGCCACAGUAUAAUUUGCUUAAAUGGUCAACAAGCCAUCCUUUUCCAUCAGUUGCUGCCUCAAAAGCUAUACAUGAGCUUGAUAGAAUUCAAGGGAAGAGAGGAAUAUGGUUUUGUGGAGCAUAUCAAGGGUUUGGCUUCCACGAGGACGGACUGAAGGCUGGCAGGGUUGCCGCACAUGGUGUGCUUGGAAAGAGCUGUGUUCUUCUGAGAAACAGAAAACAUAUGGUACCUUCUCUAGUGGAAACUGGAGCACGCCUUAUUGUUACUAGAUUCCUUGAACGAUAUAUAUCCAUAGGCUGUUUAACAUUGUUGGAAGAAGGAGGUACGAUUUAUGUUUUUGAAGGAGCCACCAACAAGAAAAGUAGCCCGAAAUCCAUCAUGAGAGUUCAUCAUCCCUUGUUCUACUGGAAGGUUGCUACACAGGCUGAUUUAGGCCUUGCAGAUGCAUAUAUCAAUGGCGAUAUUUCUUUUGUCGAUGAAGUAGAAGGUCUUUUAAACUUGUUCAUGAUUUUUAUUGCCAACAGGGAUACAAGUGCUAGAAAGCAUUCUAAUAAAAGGGGUUGGUGGACACCACUGUUCCUCACAGCUGGAGUAGCAUCUGCAAAAUAUUUCUAUCAGCACAUCUCAAGGCAAAAUACUCUCACGCAAGCUCGUCGAAACAUCUCUCGUCAUUAUGAUCUGAGUAACGACCUCUUUGCAUUGUUCUUGGAUGAAACAAUGACCUAUUCAUGCGCUAUAUUUAAGAGCAAGGAUGAAGAUUUAAAGGUUGCGCAGCUACGGAAAACCUCUCUCCUGAUUGAAAAGGCCAGAAUCAAUGCCAGGCAUGAAAUUCUUGAGAUUGGUUGUGGUUGGGGAAGCCUAGCUAUAGAGGUUGUCAAGAGAACUGGUUGUAAAUACACAGGUAUCACAUUGUCUGAGAAGCAGCUGAAAUAUGCAGAAAGGAAAGUGAAAGAAGCUGGCCUCCAGGACAAGAUAAAAUUCCUUCUAUGUGACUAUCGCCAACUGCCAAGCUCUCAGAAAUAUGACAGGAUUAUAUCAUGUGAGAUGAUAGAAGGAGUUGGCCAUGAAUACAUGGAAGAGUUCUUCGGUUGUUGCGAAUCCGUUUUGGCUGAAGAUGGUUUGUUUGUCCUACAGUUCAUAUCAAUACCAGAUGAACGAUAUGAUGAGUAUAGGAGGAGCUCCGAUUUUAUAAAGGAAUAUAUAUUUCCUGGUGGAUGCCUUCCAUCUUUGAGUAGAUUAACAUCAGCCAUGGCAGCUUCUUCCAGACUCUGUGUGGAACACGUUGAAAACAUAGGCAUUCACUACUACCAAACUUUGAUAUACUGGAGGAAUAGGUUCAUGGCGAAUAGGAGUAAAAUUCUUUCGCUAGGAUUUGACGAGAAGUUCAUUCGCACAUGGGAGUAUUAUUUUGUGUAUUCUGCGGCUGGUUUCAAGACACACACACUUGGAAAUUAUCAGAUCAUAUUCUCUCGUCCAGGAAACCUUGAUGCGUUCAACGAUCCAUAUAAAGGUUUACCAUCAGCAUAUUGAUUCCUCCUCUCUUGCUCAAGUCAUAAUACUUUGCUUUUUUCAUCCCAUUAUUUUCCCAUUGAAAUUUCAAGGAUCUGAAUUUUGCUAGAUCUGUUAGCAUUGGUUUCUCUGUUCUUGAUACCUUGGGAAGCAAACAAAAUAAGACCAUGUUUUGUACUAAUGAAUGUAUGUUCAUGUUUGAGGAUA